AUGAUAAAAUUGUUCAACCUUUCCCGAAAACAAUACAAUCAUCUGAGAAUAGUAUCAACUAUUAACACAGCAUACGUUGCUUCGAAGCUAGGCUCCACUAGCACACCUUCGAAAUCAUGGAACGAGAUCCCUGGGCCGAGGACAUUGCCUUUGAUAGGGCAACUUUAUCAUUUUCUCCCAGGCGGUUCCUUGUACAAGCUAGAGGGUAUUAAGUUACAAAAGCAUCUAUUUGAAUCUUACGGGCCAAUUGUAAAGAUGAAGGGACAUUUCGGUGGACCAGACAAUGUAUUACUCUUUGAUGCAGAAAGCUCGGCAGAGGUGCUUCGUUCUGAAAACGUGCUGCCGAAACGUCCAGGAUUUUUCUCUUUACAAUAUUACAGAAAAGUUGUUAAAAAGCGAAUGGGGAUUAAUAAUAAGUAUACUGGAUUAAUUACAGACCACGGAUACGAGUGGAGAGAACUACGUACUGCCAUUAAUCCAGUUAUGAUGCAGCCAAAAUUAAUUAAAGCUUACGCCACACCAAUUGACGAAAUAGCUCAAGAAGUAGUCGAAAGGAUAAAAUCAUUACGCAACAAGGACAACAUGAUCGAAAGAAACUUCAAUGAUGAAGUGUGCUUAUGGAUCUUAGAAUCUUCUGCACUAAUAGCUCUAGGCACGCGACUUAACAGUUUUAAUCCUAAUUUGCCUAAAAACUCCUCUGAGCGAAAAUUAAUUGAAAAUAUACAUAAUUUUUUCAAGAUAUCAGAUAAGUUAGAUUUUAAGCCGAGCCUUUGGCGGUACUAUCCAACAAGAACAUUUAAGCAAGCUAUGAGGCUUUACGAGGCAGUAGAAAAUUUAAAUGCGGAAUUUAUAAAAAAAGCUAUGGAAAAUUAUAGCAAACAAAGUGAUUCCGACAGAGAAAAAAGUGUUUUAGAAAAAUUAUUAGACAUCGAUAAGAAAUUAGCCGUUUCUAUCGCAAGUGACUUAUUAUUUGCUGGAAUUGACACAGUUGGAAAUAUGCUAAUACCUAUAUUCUAUUUACUCGCAAAAAAUCCGGAAAAACAAAUCAAAUUGCGCGAAGACUUAAGAUCAACAAGUGAUCGGAAGCUAUACUUAAAAGCUUGCAUAAAAGAAGCAAUGCGACUCUUACCUGUUGGAUUUGGUAACCUCAGAGAAACUUCGCAAGAAUAUAACUUGCUGGGCUACAAAAUACCAAAACAUACACUUAUUUUGUUUUGCCACCAAUACAUGUCCCUAAUGGAGUGCCACUACCCAUGGCCGCAGGAAUAUAUUCCAGAGCGCUGGCUGGUGGACAAAGACGAUCCUCUUUAUCAUGGAAACGCCCAUCCUUUUGCGUUUAGUAUUUUUGGUUACGGAGCUCGUGGCUGUAUUGGUAUG